UAGAGCUUCUAGGUUCUGUUCUGUAAGCAAAGCAGCUAGCAUUCCGUCCACAAUGGUGCCCUCUUCAAGCAUGGAUGGCACGGACGGCCCUGCCAUGACUGGCAUGCAGAGCGGCUCCGCAGGCGGAGCUAUGGGAGACAUCAAGGGCGAAAAUAGGCGCUGCGGCCUGUGCGGCGAUGCGAGAAACGGCCUCUAUGGGGGGUUGCUCCCCGAGUGCGGGUGGUCAGGGCGUUGUGGAUCACAGCCUGAACAUGGAUCCCUUCAACUUGAGGGCAGAGGAGCUGGCACUACAUGACUGUGCCCUUGGAGUGGAGGUGCGUCGGACCUGGUCCGAGACGGAGCUCGUUCGCAGCUUCGGCGGCCGCAUGCCUCCAGGCACGCCGGAUGGCAUGUUUGAGAGUUGGGAUGGGAAUCUCACCAGUGUACAGGUCGUCCGAGUGCCGCUUGUCAGCGGAAGUGACAACGCUGCUAUGCAACACACACUCGCCCAGACCAUCCUUAGCAAGGUCGUCAAGUCGCAAACUUGGCUGCGCUUCACGGCAACAGCGCCACAUGAGUUCAUCAUUUUUUGCUGGCUACCGUUUCAAGUUGCAGAUGCAGUUCGGCAUCAUGUGGAAAUACUGAUGGAACGGGUCCGUCUGCUUGACCGCCGUUUCUCUGCAAGGCUCCGUUUGCCAGCCGAGCCUCAAGCUAUUUUCCCUGCACACUUUGCGUGCAACCAUGACUUUGUCAUGAGCAAGUCUCGCGGCCUCUCGGAGAGCGACAUAUCUACCUUUGAAUGUGAUGAGGACGAGGAGACGUGCGAAUGGGACAUCACCUGGGACUGGACAGGCGACAGUGCAGAUGCAGUGGCAAGUCAACCUGAUGAAGCCACCACGUGCGAUGCGAGUCGCACGUGCCACAUGUUGCGAAGCAACGCAGCCGCUCCAGCGGCCCAAUGCGCUUGCCGCUACGCCUUGACAUGGGAUGACAACGGCUGAUGAGGCUCCGAUAAUUCGAAAGUGGAGCAUGCAUGCUGCUUCAGAUCUGUAC